UUGACACCUCUAAUCCGAUCCGAAUUUAUGCGAUGAAGUGCCAAGAACACGAGGACCGACGGGAGGAGAGGGCGAACGAGGAAAGGCGACAAUAGGGCGGACGAUGGAAACUUGUGAGAGGGAUUUGAUCGAAGGGAUCGAAUCCAUGGAGGUUGACGAGCGAAGAACGCGCUCGGCCAGGAUCGUCGACCUACUUCGGAGCUUCCUCGGCGUCCAACAGAGGAGGGCCGAAGCUUAUGCCAAGCUUCGAAGGUACAUAUGCGAUCACCAAACAGGAAAUCUGCAGAGUGUCUUCAUUGAGCAUGCUUUGCCUAGGAAUAGAAGUAUGAGAAGUGGUUUUAUGGAUUAUCUGAGCAAUGGAGGAGAGUUGGCCUUCCAGCAGCUCUGCAAGGAGAUAACAGUGGAGUUCAAUGAUUGUUCAAAACAAGUUCUUGAAAUGGAAUCAUUACUUAAGAUGCCAGAUCUAAACCGUGAGGAUCUUGCUGCUCUUCUGAAAGCUGUCCAGGCUCAGGAAAAACAGAAACUGCAUUUUACUGCAAGGAUACAGAUAUUAAAGAAGGCAGGCCGACCAUCUGAACGGCUGGUGAGCCAUGAGAAUUGCAGGUACCAGAGUUCAACCCAACACGAAUGUGUUCAUCUCCAGGAGAUCACUGAAGCUGCUGGAACUGAAGAUGCAGAAGCUGAUGCCGCAUAUGACGGUGCACUCAAGGAGGCCAUCUGCGGCAUGCAGGAUACAGUGACCACCAUUAACGAACACUUGGAGGAGGUGCGCUACGAGAUUGAGGCACUUGAAUCAGAAUAGCCACUGACCUCAAUGCACAGAUGACUAGUCCUUCGGUAGAACAAAAUUCCAGUUGCCUUUAGUCAUCUUUUAGUGUUGAUUUCUCUUCCAAAAAUAGCAACAGAUACAAGUAAUGUUCAAGUCAGAAAAUGGUCGCUUCUAUUGAUAAUGUGAAGUCGUAGAUGGAAAAAAAAUAUUAUUCUUGAUAAUUUUUUUUGCAUGUGCCGGACACUGGAGAUCUGAUACUCCUUUUUUGGUGCUUCCUUAAAUCCUUCAGUUCAUUCUUCUGCUUCAUUCCCUUA